CCGGGCGCGGGCAGAGUGCGGCGCGCGGGGCAGAGGCAGAGGCGCGGGGCGGCCGCGCGCACCAUGACGCUGGAGGAGCUGCCGGGGGAGCGCGGCGCCGCCGGCAGGAUGGAGGCGGUGGGCGACGCGCUGGAGGAGGUGCUCAGCAAGGCGCUGAGCCAGCGCAGCAUCACCAUCGGCGUCUACGAGGCGGCCAAGCUGCUCAACGUGGCGGCCGACAGCGUGGUGCUGUGCCUGCUGGCGGCCGACGAGGAGGACGGCCGCGACGUGGCCCUGCAGAUCCACUUCACGCUGCUCCAGGCCUUCUGCUGCGAGAACGACAUCAACAUCCUGCGCGUGAGCAACCCGGCGCGCCUGGCGCAGCUGCUGCGCGCCGCCGGGCCGCCCGCCGACCUCCACUGCGUCCUGGUCACGCACCCCCAUGCCUCGCAGUGCAAGGACCCGGCGCUGAGCCAGCUGAUGUGCUUCUGCCGCGAGAGCCGCUACAUGGACCAGUGGGUCCCCGUGAUCCACCUUCCCGAGCGGUGAUAGCAGCCCGGCGGAGACUCGCGGAACACAAUUGCACUGAAGUUUUGAAAUGCUUUAGCGGUUGCUCAGGAAGUAACUUCCUACCCUGACACAAGGAUUACCGGAGGAAAAAUAAAUAAAUAAAUAAAUUGAAGUCAAGUGGGGUAGACUGAAGUCAACUACAUGUUGUGUGGGUCUGAAGAAAAGUGACUCCGCAGCUGGGAAUGAACACAGAAGCGAAGCUAAACAAGCAGCCUCUGUGCCGCGAAAGGAAUUAAAACCUGCCGGAAGAGCUGAGACACACUGUGGCUGAGUUACUUAAAACACCCAACACCCUUAACAGUUUUUAAAGUGCAACUUACAGUUUCUGGUUUAAGUACCUUAAAUAUGAAAGUGCAAAGAGGUUAAUCAAAACAUUUUUACACACAAUUUUAUUGUAUUUUGGGAUGUUAAUUCUCAAGUUUAUAUUCUAAGAUAUAUAAUAAGUUAUUUUAUGAUAUUGAUGCAAAACUUAUUUAUGCUACAAGCUUUUGGAACCAGAAUACCCUUAAGCAGUUGGUCUACAACCACACCACUUGGUUUAAUACUCAGAUGUUUAAAGACAUCUACAUUAAUACAAUUGUUUGAAAUUGGAUAGUGUUUUUGGAUCUUUUUUUUUUUUUUUUUUUUG